CUCUUACAUGGCUGGCUCAAUAUCCGUCAGAAUAGACCACAGCAAGCACCGUUGAAAACCCCUUGGAAUUAGCAUGGACGGCGUUAAAUUGGACCUCUCAAAUAUAUUAAACCCUCAUAAUAUCAUUAUUAAGUAAAGGUCUAUUUCACAGCAAUCCGUUUCAUUUGCAGGUACAUCGUUUACUUUUUACUUCGUGGUGCCCUGAUAAACGGUUAGUUGUUUUAAAGAAUCCAUAGACAGAGAGAAAUGGACACUGAAUAAUAACCAUAUAUUUCAUUUAGCAUUAAUUAAACAACGGGUACACGUCCAGCAAUGGCAGAUGCGGAGUUGCAAACCUUCACAUCAAUUAUGGACGCUCUCGUGCGCAUAAGCUCCAAUAUGAAGAGUAUAGAGAGAGAGCUUCAUUGUCCAGUGUGUGAGGAGAUGGUGAAGCAGCCAAUGGUGUUGCCAUGUCUACACAGUGUGUGUGUGCUGUGUGCGGCAGAGGUUUUGGUUCAGAGGGGCUACCCUCCACCCGAGCUCCCGCCAGACCCCAACACUCCGACUUCCAGCCCCAACAUGCGCUCUCCCCGACAGACACGUAGACCUCUGCCAAAAACAGACCGCCUGGACCGGGUGAUCAGGACAGUGUGUGGGACACAUCCAGGACGCAGACGUAAAGACACCCCUCCAGUGAUUAUGCUGUUCCCCUGUCCCACCUGUGGAAAGGAUGUGGAGUUGGGAGAGAGAGGGCUUGCAGACUGCCUCAGAAACAUCACAUUGGAGCGCAUCGUGGAGAGGUACAGGCAGACAGUGAGUCUUGGCAGCAUGGCAAUAACGUGCCAGUUCUGCAAGCCUCCUCAGGCUCUGGAGGCCACCAAAGGUUGCGCUGACUGCAAGUCUAACUUCUGUAAUGAGUGCUUUAAACUGUACCACCCCUGGGGCACACCACGAGCCCAACAUGAACACAUCCUUCCUACACACAGCUUCAGACCCAAGAUGUUAGUGUGCGUGGAACAUGAGCACGAAAAGUUGCAGUUUUACUGUAGGUCAUGCCAGCGCCUGUUGUGCCCACUUUGUAAGCUACGUCGUGCCCAUAGUGGCCACAAGAUCAUGCCCAUUGCAUUGGCUUACCAAACUCUAAAGGAGAAAAUCACCAAGGAGAUCAACUACAUCUUGGCCAAUCAGGAUGCUGUACAGGCACAGAUCACCCAAGUAGAGAGUGGCAUUGCUCAGACUGAGGUGAACAGCGCAGUGGCCAAGGAGCAGUUGAAUCAGUGUGUGAAUGAGUUGCGUGGGGUGCUGGCGGAGCGUCAGGGGGCAUUGGCCAUGUCACUGGAGGGGGAUCGUGCACAGCGGGCAGGGUCUCUGAAUGCACAGCUCUCAGAAAAACAGAGUCUUAUGGAAAAUGCAGGGCUGCUUACAUAUACUCAGGAGUUGCUUAAAGAAACUGAUCAACCCUGCUUUGUGCAGGCUGCCAGAGUCACACACAGCAGAUUGGUGAAAGCAAUAGAACAUAUUCAGCAUUUCUCUCUGUCUGCUGAUCCUUCAUUCCGACACUUUCAGCUGGACGUCUCCAGAGAGCUCAAAGCACUUAGCAGCAUGAACUUUAUACAAGCCCCAUUGGCUCCUGUGAUUGACACUCAAAAGACACUGGCCUAUGACCAGCUUUAUUUGUGCUGGCGCCUCCCACAGGACUCCGCUCCUGCCUGGCACUACUCAGUAGAAUAUCAGAGAAAAGUGGGUGGAGCUGGGGCAUUAUGGGGCGGAGUCCGAUCUGAGGGAGGCCCAGGAACUAAUGGCACACCCUGUUCAUGGCAACGUGUGGAUGAUGUAGGCGGGACUAGUGCAGUGAUUGACGAGCUAGAAAUGGACAGUGUGUAUGUCCUAAGAGUUAGAGGCUGUAAUAAGGCAGGCUUUGGAGAGUAUAGUGAGGAGGUGUAUCUACAUACACCACCUGCACCAGUGUUGUCGUUCUGCCUGGAUUCCCGCUGGGGCCUGCAUGCUGAGCGGGUUGCGCUGGGCAAAGGGCAGACGUAUGCCCGGAGUGUGCCCGGAUUGAAUCUGUUGCAGGCUGCUGAUCGGGCCCUUACCUCAUGCCACCUCACCUCUGACCUCCUUGUGGCUGACAUUUCCAUCACACAGGGACGUCAUUACUGGGCAUGCUCAGUGGAGCCUGGAUCCUACCUGCUCAAGGUGGGAGUGGGUUUAGAAGCAAAACUGCAGGAGUGGUUCCAUCUUCCACAAGACAUGGCAAGUCCACGGUAUGAUCCAGACAGUGGACAUGACAGUGGGGCAGAGGAUGCUCAGGACUGUCCUCCUCCAUUCUGUUUCCUCACAAUGGGCAUGGGCAAGAUCUUACUGCCAAAGUGUGGGGCAUCUAACUCUUCUACUGGCCCCCUCACUGCUCCCCUGCCACCUCGCCUUGGACUGUGUCUGGACUUUGAGAAGGGACAGCUCACUUUCUAUGAUGCACACUCUUUGCGAGUGCUGUGGGAGGGGACUGUUGAUUGCUCCGCCCCCGUUUGCCCAACCUUCUGUUUCAUUGGUGGAGGGGCUCUGCAGCUGCAGGAGCUAAUAGCCAAUCGCAGUAUAGAGCAGAACCCACCGAGGAGAGUGACCAUCCAAACACGUCCUACCGAUCUCACUCACUGAAACAAGCCAUGAGACCAUUCUAAUCAGCAUCUUGAAGCAAAUGUUCUUUUAUCAUUUUCUAUUGACUUCGUUUACCUGCUAAUUUCAUAGCUACUGAUGCAUAAAUUUGUGAUAUACUAGAUAAGGAUUAAUUUAACAACAAUCAGAGGAUAAAAUAUCCUUAUCCUUGUUUGUGAUGCU